GACAGCACAGAGGGAUAGGUCAAUGAGUGAUGUAUGCUUCCUAACGAUGGUUUUAAUGAGUGUAGGGUCAGUUAAAUGUUUUUACUUUCCCAUUUUGUGGAUCAUAAUAUAAUUAAUUUAUACCCCAGUCUUGGUGGCGGUGACUCAACAGAAAUUGGAUGCCAUCCACCGUUAAACCUCAGCGAAUAAAAUGUAGGUUUAGAUAAUCUGAUGUAGACCAACAUUUACAAUCCAGUAGACUAUGGCGAUAGAGUAUCGAAGUUAUCAACCCAACCAAAGGUAGAAGCGGGGAAAACUACCCUACCCAGCAUACAUUGCAGCAUGCAAACCGAAGUUGCAGCGCCAGCGUGAAGAAGAUUGUCGCUACACCAUUUUAGUCUGGUAUUGGUCACACCAUGGCAAAAGUUGGAGCUGUCAUCUAUCCCCACGCAUUUGUUGUCUUAUCUGAGCUGAGCAGAAUUCCAACCAGCUCCCACAACCUGUGAGUCUGCAACUCCAGGUGGAAGGACUGCCAUCACCCUUGAACCUCACUGACACAGAAAGUGGUGGUGUUGCAGCUCUACCAGGCUAAGGCUCUUGACCCCUUGACUGUGUGAAAGUCGUCAUUUUUUCCUGUGGUAUCAGACCCAGGCCCUUGAGAGCAAUGUGUGAGCAAGAGGACCACGGAGACGGUGCCCGUAACAAGCUGUCCAACAGUGAUGCCAUCAAGCUGACAGAUGACCUCUCUCUGAGUGACUCCGACCCUGAAGAGCGUAAUGAGUCCAUAGACCCAGAGGUGGAAGACUUGUCCUCAUCUGAUGAUGAAGUGCACCAGAACUCCGGCCUUGGUCCCGGUCCCAAGAAACCCGCAUUCAGUCUGACAGGUGGCAGCUCAAGCUUCUCCAACCGCAGCCGAAGCAUCUUUGAUUGCCUGGAGAGUGCCGCUAAGCUGUCCUCAUCCCAUCUGGGCCAGGACAAUGUCAUUGACGGGGUCUUUGCACGUCCCCCUCCACCCCCACUGCUGCCAAGUGGAAAGAAGUAUGGGGAGAAGGUGGGGGAAUUGGUCAGCAAGCCUCCUCAGAAGAGAGGCGUGCCAGAUUACCUGGUGAAUCCUGAGCGCUGGACGCGUUAUGACCUGGAGGAUGUGCCAGAGACCAGUGACAGCAAGAAUAGCAUGGUGGCUCAGCAGUACAUACAAAGCCUGCAGCAGCAGAAGGAGAACACGAUGGAAGAUGAUCCUGAAGAGCCUUUUAUACCUACUUUCAACCAGGGCCAGAGCAGUAGCUCAGAACAUAAGAUUGUGUUCUCCAGGCCUAGCCGGCCACAGAAGGAUGACGCUGAAGAAGUUAACAAGCCUGAUCGAACCAAGAAGGUAGGGAUGGGUCUCUGUCACUUAGAUGAUGAAGAAGAGGAGGGUAUAGGCCUAGCAAUCGCCCCCCAACGCCCAAAGGAGAGUGAGCGGAAGAGGAAGUGGACCCCGGUGGGGGACGAAGAGGGCGCGCUGAGUGAUAGGAAGGAUCAACCGCCUAUUGGCUUUGUCAUUAAUAGGAACGUCAACAGGAAGAACUUCCGCAAGACGUCAGAGAAAGAUGAGGACUGAGAGUACACAUACAUGACCUCAAUCAAUUGAAGUCCUCUGGAAAUAAUGGAGGACCCUAAAUAUGGACAGUAUUUUAGUGCUUCCCUGUAGAACCUCAACCAGAGGAGUUUUUUUCCUAAUCAAGGGAAUGGUUUCAGCCUCUUGACUUUUCAUCAGAAUUAAUGUAAAAUGUGUAUUUUGAAUAUUAACUUCAGACAUGAAAAUCACUUGUCAGUAAUGCUAAUGUAUAUGGCUGUUUUGAAGUCCAAAGAAUAUUGAAUUUAGCUGUCAAGUAUACUGGUGGAAGUGUAAUGUAAACAAUUGUAUUUGUAGUAGACCCUUGUAAGUGGCAUCAUUUUUCCUAUUGCUGUAACUAUUAUUGAUUAUUGGAGCAGUAAAGUCUUCCCACAACUAAA